AUGAAAUGGUUUAAGAUUCCAUGGCAUAGCAGAGGGUCAACGCCAAGCCAAGUACUGAAGUUGGUUGUUUACCCACUUUGUACAUCACUAUUGACAUGUUGUUUGUCACUGAACGUACUAAUAUAUGUUCUGGUCAACUCUCGAAAGUUCUCAGAUUUUGUAAUAGCCCUUUGCUAUUGCUCAAGCAUAGUUUCUUCUGCCUCUUUCAUAUUAUACGUACUCGCAAUCGUCUACUCUAAUUACAUAUUCGUCAUAAUGCCAACAUUACUUCAAUUUAUACUGACUGUAUCAUCUAUCAGCGUUUUGGUCAACUUUUGGUGCAUGAGUCUCUCGUCCAAAAGGUCUCUGGUGUUUAACAUAGUAAAGUAUGUUUUGACCUUUUUCUGUACUAUACUGGUCAUAAUCCAAUUCCGCCUAGCAUUGGUCUCAGUGGCCCUAGGGAAGGCGAUGUAUGAAAGAGGAAACUCCUGGGAUCUAGACGAUCUCGAAUCAGUAGACCAAUACUUCAAAACACACUCAAUUGCUAUUGUUUAA